AAUGGACGUUUUAAUUUUGGCAUUAAAAAAGAAAAGACAACGCCAGGCUAUUUUAUAUAUGCAACCUGCAGUUUAUUCCAAAACCAUGAAUGCCAUAAUGAAUGGGGAUAACAAAAUAACAAAAAUGCAUCUCAGGUUGUCGGCUAGUUCGUUCAGAAAAAUUGUGGUGCAUAUUCCUAAAAAACAUCACGGAUGGUCUGUGGAUUACGAAGUGAUGUGCUUUUUAUAUUGGGUGGCAUGCGGAUGCAGCUAUAGGGUGGUAGCCGAGUUUUUGGGUUUGAGUCGCUACACAGCUUGCAGCAUUAUUAAAAAAAUGUUGGAUAAAGUAAUUUCAAUGCGCCACUUAAUAAACCAUGGCACUUCGGAAGACCACGAGAGAAUCGCUGCUAAAUUUUGCCAAAAAACUAAGUCUACUGCUUUUACAAAUUUUAUUGGCGCUAUUGACGGAACGCAUAUUCGGAUAAAAUGUCCCAUAAACAAACAUGAUGAAUAUAUAAAUCACAAAAAAUUUUAUUCUAUUCAGGCUCAAGCAGUUGUGGAUAGUGAAUAUAGAUUUACAGACGUGUUCAUUGGUUAUCCAGGCUCCGUUCAUGAUACAAGGGUAUUUGUCAACAGUCCUUUGUACGCUAAGAAGGACUAUCCGCCUCAAGGUUGGCUUUUAUUUGGUGAUAAAGGCUACCCGUGUCAACUAUAUCCGGUGGCAGUAAUCACACCAUUUAAAGAGCCCUUAACGGCAAAUCAGGCUAGAUUUAACACUGCUCAUAGUAAAGGACGUAUAAUUGUAGAAUCUGCAUUUGGAAUUUUAAAAAAUCGGUGGAGAAAUAUUUUUAAUAGAGAGCUGGAGCUAAAAAUUGAAAACUGUAUAAAAACUGCAUUUGCUGCAUUUAUACUGCAUAAUAUUUGCAUACUCCAGGACGAUUUUGAGCCAUCUUUGGGAGAAGAAAAUCACCUUUCAGAUUUAGAACCGCCAGAAUCUGAAGGUCUAUUAAUAGACUCUGCAGAGGUACUCUAA